CUCUGUCUCACUUGCUCACCCGGUUAGCUGUCAAAGUUAGGGUUCCUGUUUUUCAAUUUUGACAGUCCUUAAUGCUAAUUUUCCUCCAACUUGAUAUCUUUAGGUAGUGCACUAGGCUACUUGGCUCAUAGUUACAUGGUGGUCUGUAACAAUGAGCAAAUGCCUGCUGGUGUUGUUACCUUGUCUAGUGACUGCAUAAAUUAUCAACUGCCAAUAAACACAAGGAGGAAGAAAAGGCUGGAGGAAACUUCUUAACAUCUCUACCAACAAGAAGCAAUAAGCAGUCUAUGCUUUGUAUAGCAAAUGAAAAUUAGUACACCAACUACUGUAUCAGCUAUAAAAUGGCAGAAAUUCUGCAACAGUUGGAAUCUCACAACCGCCCAAUAGCUGAUGAAACUAAACAGAAGAUACAUGAGAUUAUCUCUCAGAACAAAGAUCCAUGGCUUGUGAAUGGUUUAUAUGAUUAUUAUUUGAGUACAUAUUCAGUUCGAGCUUUAGAAAUUUUAAUAAAUGUACGAGAACCACAUCACAUACAUCUCUUUGACAAACUGCUAGAAUCAAUCAGAUGCUCCAAAACUGAAACCAAAAUACAGGCACUCACUCUAUUAGGAUAUAUGGUAGAUAAGCAGCCAACAUGGUUAUAUAAAAUUACACAGCAUGCUUUAUUCAAAGAAGUUUUAAAAUUGCUGAAGCAAGAAUGUGAAAUAGUACCACUGCUUAGUGCUCUGCUGGCACUUGUAGUUCUUUUGCCUUGUAUCCCUGCUUCAAUGAAACCUUUUCUUCAAGAAGUUUUUGAAAUAUUCAGUCGAUUAGCUGCUUGGAAUUGCAAUACACCGCAAAAACUGUUAGAAGAUCAGAUGGUACACAUGCAGGUCAGCCUCUUCGCUCUAUUCCACCGUCUGUACGGCAUGUAUCCCUGUAAUUUUCUCACCUAUUUGCGAGAUCAUUACAGACACAAAGACCGUAUACCAAUAUUCAAUCACACCAUAAAGCCGAUGUUGCAACGAGUGCAGAUGCAUCCACUACUAGUAACCACUACUAAGGAUUCAGAGACAACAACUGAAAGAUGGAUGAAACAUACCCCGAACGAUGUGGUCAUGGAGUGCGAACGUUUCUCCGUGGACACGAAGGACCGUUCUUUACAGGAAACAUGUUUAAUGACCACAAACGUUAACUUUCGGUCGCGGUCGGGAACUGCGAAUUCAUCGAUUAUAGAAACAUCCCAGCAGUUUUUGAAAUCGACUUCGUUGAACACCAAUAUUUCAGAUACGAAUUUCUUCAGUCCAUCGCAAAUCCUAUCAUGCCAAACACCGCCAGUUACCGAGACCACUACUGGUUUCAUGCUUUCCCAUAUACAAGGAACAGGACAGUCUAUCAUACAGUCGCAAGAAGGAACCUCUCCACCAGAAGCAGCUAUCGAGGCUACACCAGAAACGACUCCAAUUAAGGUGGGUGAAGAUUACAAUAACAAACCUAGGCCGCAUGCUUUGGCACCUACGAGCCCGUUACGUAUAAUCCCGCCCGGUAACAGUUCAAAUGAGAACAGCGUUCCGAACAGCCCGUUGCCGAUACAACGAAUCGAUUCACCUGUUUCGCAGGAAGACGAAGAAGUUUUAGCUAUCGUAAGUCAAUCUGAGUUACGCCACCCAGGUCUUCGACAGUGUGAUAGCGUUAUUCAAGAUUCCGAUAGAGCUGCUGAAGAAGAUAUAGCUGAGGAGCAUGGUUCCCCUUGCACCUCGGGCGGGCUCCAUCAGCCGAACAUUAAGCAGAUGAAUAACUUUAGGCAAAACAUGAACAGGUUAAGACACCACAGUCAGUGCGGAUCUGAUGGAGAACCGUUCGAUUUACAAAUGAGCGGCAGCAGCAGUACAGAUAGUAACUCUCUUCCAGUUAGUACGAUCACAGUUCGCCGAGCAAAUUCAUGCCCAGAAAUGAAAAAGGGUCUUGUCUCGUACAACAAGGAAUUUCUGAAUGAGAAGACAAUGCUUGAAGAGUGCGACGACGACGAAGAUCAGGAGCAGGAAAGAUUCAAUGGAUCCGAAUACGUAAGGAAGGAACUAUCGUGCGCCGAAACUCAAACGGAAAACUUCUGGCCUAUGCCAUACGAACACCUGUUUCUGAGCGUCUUUCCUAACCACGAUAAUACAGAACCUAAGGUAACACCAGCACAGAGCCCAGCACCGAACACGGUGUUCAACCCUUCCACCAUUUACGAUAUCAUCGAAAAAUACACCGAGGUCGGCGUACAGAUCAACGAGAAGGAUCCCAUUAAGAGCUUGAAGGACCAGGUGCAAUUGCUGUCGCAGCAGCUUCUGUUCGAACGCCAUCGCCGAGAAACGCACGCCAUAAAGAAUCGUACUUUGUUCACUGAGGUGACCGUCAACCGGGUCAGCGACGAAAAGAUAUCCGCCCUAAGUGACCAAGUGAAAAUGCAAGGGGAAUACAUAGAAACGCUAAGGAAUGAUCUAAAUAUUUGCAAAAAGGAAAAGAUCGCCAUCGAGAAAGAAGCGAAAGAUGAUAUUAGGCGUAUGGAAGAAAACUAUAAAGAUUUACAAAAUAAUUUCGAAACCUUCAAAGACAAGAACCACUAUCUACAGCUCGAGCUGGAGGCGGAGAAGAACAAGCUUUCCGAUAAGGAUAAAAAAUGGCAAAUAGCUAUGUCAGAAAUAUUCGAUGCCCACGCCGAAGUUGCUGUUGCCAAAGAGCAAGUAAUAAAACUCGAUAAGUGCCGAUUCGAGUUAGAGAAGGUCAAUAAGGAAUUGCUGCUAGCCGGGGAAUUGAUAUUGAAAUACGAAGAACGACUCGGCGAAUUGGACGUGCUGAGGAGAUGCGAAGAGGAGCAGAUCCAUCUCACUGAAACUUACAAUCAUGAAAUCGCAGCGUUGCAACAGCAGUUGGAGUCCAAAAACCUGAUUAUCGAAGCGCACCGAAGUCGGAUUUCAGAAUUGGAACAAGCUAUGUGUCACCAUGGUGAAGCUGAAGCUAUGUAUAAGAAAACUUUCAACGACCUACGAGAGGAGUUCCAUGAAAAGAUAAAAUCCGUGGAAAGCAAGUAUAGAAGUCAGCUGUCUGUGAACCAAGCUUUGGAAGAGAAGAUCUUCGAUCUGUAUCAGCAAGUGGAGUCGACUUGUCGCAGGGGUGUUCAUUCGCCCGAUACCAGCAGCUGCCAUGAAGUCAAUGCUACGAUGACUGAUCGUACAGGUACUGCACCAGGCCUGAGUCCGCACUCUUCUCCGCUCUCUGCUUCCUUAACAUCUUCUGAAGGAAGUAUGGCAUUUGUACACAGUGAGAUGAAAAAUUUGCAGGUAAUUAUGGAUCAGCGCGAUACCGUAACUAUAGUUCGCUCGAGCACAAUUGAAAGUGACAUAAGCCAAGAAGCACACUCGUCGACGACGACGUCACCGAGUAUCGUGACAUCUAAUAAAAACGACUGAUUUAAUUCUAUAUUCAGCUAUAAAAUUCUAACAAAAAUAAAAUGAAAAAAAAAACAUGUAACAAUUUUUCUAAUGUUAGACAAGUAAGCCUUAAGAGAAGUAACAGAAAAUGUGAAUUUUCUUCUGCUGACUGAUUAAAUUACCAAAAUAUUUUUUCAAAUGUAUCUCUAAAUUUAUUCAAGAUCAUGUGUAGAUUAUCAGCAGCUCCAAGUUUCUGUUCUCUUACAAUUGAAUCUUUGAAAUAUACGUGUAAUUAUGUCA